AUGCUGGGAAAGAAGAUGGUAAGCUUCAAAAAACUAGCCAAGAAAGUGAAGGUUAUGGGUGGUGCUAAUGAGCCAUCACACCAUGAAUGUUUGCUAAGAGAGUCAGCAGCAGCAGAGCAAGGAGGGUCUCCUUCAACCAAACCCCCAACUGGGUUUUUGGCCUUGUAUGUUGGAGAAGAGCGCCAGAGGUUUCUGGUGAGGACAAGCUUUCUCUCUCAUCCACUCUUCAAGAUGCUGUUGGAGAAGGCUUACAAUGAGUACGGAUUUGAGCAGAGAAAUGGACUUGUGGUUCCCUGCAGUGUGUCUGCUUUUGAGGAGGUUGUGAAUGCUGUGGAAUGCAGCAAUGGGAAGUUUGAUUUUGGAGAGCUUGUUGAGGAGUUUAUUUCCUGA